CAGACAGGUCUCCAAAUUCUUCCCUGUCGCCCGGCGCCCGCAGCGCGCUUCAGAGCGCCAGGGUGGCACGCGGCGCUCCCCUGGAUCCGGCGGCGACUCAGGCGACUUCCCCGCGGCCUCGGGCCUCCCUUCUCGCCCAAACCUCACACCCGCCGCACCCACCAAGCUACGGUUCUUAGCCUCAGCGACCUGCACCAGUGGCUUCUCCUCGCCCUCGGAGCUGUUGGCUUUGGAGCCCUCCCCACUUUUUUCCUGCCCUCGGCUCCUGCACCUCUCAGCUCCGGGCCAAAGGGAUUCCAACGAGCGAAGUGAAGGGGGUGAGAAUCUUGUGCUGCGACCCCUCAGAAACACAGCUGGAAAGGCUGACUUCGUCUUGUAGCCGCGACUGGGACCCUGAGGCCCUCCCCCUUCCCCGAGGGAUGCGUCGGGCCAGAGCCAGCGCUGCGCUGUCAGUCUUCGCUCAGGAAGUGGAGACAGCCAGAAAUGAACGCGGGAGGGAGCCUCAGCACACCCGCACUUCCAAAUUAACUGUUUGGUGACUUGUUAACGCUGAGGCUACCACCUCGCCAAUCCUCCCGCUGGGCACCCGCCACCUCACUGUCCCCCACUCCUCCCCCUUCAUUACCCCCGCCCCCAGCUCGGCCCCGGCUCCCCAUCCCGGCGCAAUGGAGUUCUCCGAAGGACUCUGUUCCAGCCAGAGCUGCUAACUUCGCACCCAUCUGCGCUGCCGGUCACCCCCGACCAGCCCCCCCUGCAGCCGCCGAGUCGUGGGCGUCCCGAGCCCAGUGCCGCAGCCAGGACCCGCCCGGCGCGCAGCUGAAGCACGGAGCCCAGGCGCCUGGGCGCCUCUUGGAGAGCAAAGGCAACGCCAAGACGCUGAGUCGAGACCCAGCCAGGAAGCCAGAGGCCGGGAAGGGGGCUGCGUGGCUCAGAGCGCCGCGGCUUCUGCGGACAAAUAGCCCCCGCUGCCACGCACCCAAGCUGCGCGGGCUGGCGGGAGGGCGACGCGCGAGGACGCAGGGGUCUGCGGCGGUCUUCCAGACGCCCUUUGGCCCGGGGCGCACUAUGACCUGACGUGCGGGGACCUCCUGCCCAGGGCGGCUGGGGAUAGAAGGGCUCGCCGCCAAGCUCCCACCAGGCCGCCUUUGGGUCUUUCGGGACCCCUUCCCGCCGCGGCCUCCCGCAGGUUCUGCGCCUCCCUCCCAGCGGCCCGGCGCCAUGGAGCUCUCCGAUGUGCGCUGCCUUAGCGGCAGCGAGGAGCUCUACACCAUCCACCCGACGCCCCCGGCCGGCGACGGCGGGAGCGGCUCCCGGCCGCAGCGGCUGCUGUGGCAAACGGCGGUGCGGCACAUCACCGAGCAGCGCUUCGUUCACGGGCACCCGGGCAGCGGCGGCGGGAGCGGAAGCUCCAGCAAAGCCUCGGACCCUGUAGGCGGCGGCCCCAACCACCACGCGUCGCAGCUGGCCGGCGACUCGGCGCUUCCCCUCUACGCGCUGGGCCCCGGGGAGAGAGCGCACAGCCCCGGCUGCACCAAAGUCUUCCCGGAGCGCAGCGGCGGCGGCAGCGGGGGCGCGGGCGACCUGGGCUUCCUGCACCUCGACUGCGCCCCGAGCAACUCGGAUUUCUUCCUCAAGGGGGGCUAUAGCUACCGAGGGGUCAUUUUCCCCACCCUGCGCAACUCCUUCAAGUCCCGGGAUCUGGAGCGCCUCUACCAGCGCUAUUUCCUGGGCCAGAGGCGCAAAUCGGAGGUGGUGAUGAACGUGCUGGACGUGCUGACCAAACUCACCCUCUUGGUUCUCCACUUGAGCCUGGCCUCGGCCCCCAUGGACCCGCUCAAGGGCAUCCUGCUGGGCUUCUUCACGGGCAUAGAGGUGGUGAUCUGCGCCUUGGUGGUGGUCAGGAAGGACACCACCUCGCACACCUACCUGCAGUACAGCGGCGUGGUCACCUGGGUGGCCAUGACCACCCAGAUCUUAGCAGCAGGUCUGGGCUAUGGGCUCCUGGGAGACGGCAUUGGCUACGUGCUCUUCACACUCUUCGCCACCUACAGCAUGCUGCCGCUGCCGCUCACCUGGGCCAUCCUGGCUGGCCUGGGCACGUCGUUACUGCAGGUGGUCCUCCAAGGGGUCAUCCCCAGGCUGGCGGUCAUUUCCAUCAACCAGGUUGUGGCCCAGGCAGUGUUAUUCAUGUGUAUGAACACGGCUGGAAUCUUUAUCAGUUACCUGUCAGACCGGGCCCAGCGCCAAGCCUUCCUGGAGACACGGAGGUGUGUGGAAGCCAGGCUGCGCCUAGAGACGGAAAACCAAAGACAGGAGCGGCUUGUGCUGUCUGUGCUCCCCCGGUUUGUCGUCCUGGAGAUGAUCAAUGACAUGACCAACGUGGAAGACGAGCACCUGCAGCAUCAAUUCCACCGGAUCUACAUCCACCGCUACGAGAAUGUCAGUAUUCUUUUUGCAGAUGUCAAAGGAUUUACCAACCUCUCCACGACCUUGUCCGCCCAGGAGCUGGUCAGGAUGCUCAACGAGCUCUUUGCUAGAUUUGAUCGACUGGCCCACGAGCAUCACUGCCUUCGCAUUAAAAUCCUGGGAGACUGCUACUACUGCGUUUCGGGACUUCCUGAGCCCCGCCAGGACCACGCCCACUGCUGCGUUGAAAUGGGCCUCAGCAUGAUCAAAACCAUCAGGUAUGUGCGGUCAAGGACGAAGCAUGAUGUUGACAUGCGGAUUGGAAUCCACUCGGGCUCAGUGCUAUGUGGCGUGUUGGGUCUACGGAAGUGGCAGUUUGAUGUCUGGUCUUGGGAUGUGGAUAUUGCAAACAAACUUGAAUCUGGAGGAAUCCCUGGGAGGAUUCACAUUUCCAAAGCCACGCUGGACUGCCUCAACGGUGACUAUAACGUGGAAGAGGGUCAUGGUAAAGAGAGGAACGAAUUCUUGAGGAAGCAUAAUAUAGAGACCUAUUUAAUUAAGCAGCCUGAGGAGAGUCUGCUGUCUUUGCCUGAAGACAUCGUCAAGGAAUCUGUGAGCUCCUCAGACAGGAGAAACAGUGGGGCGACAUUCACAGAAGGAUCCUGGAGCCCCGAACUGCCCUUUGAUAACAUAGUGGGGAAACAGAACACUCUGGCUGCCCUAACAAGAAAUUCAAUAAAUCUACUUCCAAACCAUCUUGCACAAGCUUUGCAUGUCCAGUCUGGGCCUGAGGAAAUUAACAAGAGAAUAGAACAUACCAUCGACUUGCGGAGUGGCGAUAAAUUGAGAAGAGAGCAUAUCAAGCCAUUCUCACUGAUGUUUAAAGACUCCAGCCUGGAGCACAAGUAUUCUCAAAUGAGGGACGAAGUAUUCAAAUCAAACCUGGUCUGUGCGUUUAUCGUUCUUCUAUUUAUCACGGCAAUACAAAGUUUGCUUCCUUCUUCAAGGGUGAUGCCAAUGGCCAUCCAGUUUUCCAUCCUGAUUAUGCUGCACUCGGCUUUGGUCCUCAUCACCACAGCGGAGGAUUAUAAGUGUUUGCCCCUGGUCCUCCGGAAAACUUGCUGUUGGAUUAACGAGACCUAUUUGGCCAGGAAUGUCAUCAUCUUUGCGUCCAUCUUGAUUAAUUUCCUGGGCGCCAUCCUAAAUAUCCUGUGGUGUGAUUUUGACAAGUCGAUACCCUUGAAGAACCUGACUUUCAAUUCCUCAGCUGUGUUUACAGAUAUCUGCUCCUACCCAGAGUACUUCGUCUUCACGGGGGUGUUGGCCAUGGUGACCUGUGCGGUUUUCCUCCGACUUAACUCUGUCCUGAAGCUGGCUGUGCUGCUGAUUAUGAUUGCCAUCUAUGCCCUGCUGACCGAGACCAUCUAUGCAGGACUCUUUCUGCGCUAUGACAACCUGAAUCACAGUGGAGAAGAUUUCCUGGGGACCAAGGAGGCGUCACUGCUGCUGAUGGCCAUGUUCCUCCUCGCUGUCUUCUACCAUGGACAGCAGCUGGAGUACACAGCACGCCUGGACUUCCUCUGGCGAGUUCAGGCCAAAGAGGAGAUCAACGAGAUGAAGGAGCUGAGGGAACACAAUGAGAACAUGCUCCGGAACAUCCUGCCCAGUCACGUGGCCCGCCACUUCCUGGAGAAGGACCGCGACAAUGAGGAGCUGUAUUCUCAAUCCUAUGAUGCCGUUGGGGUGAUGUUUGCCUCCAUCCCAGGGUUUGCAGACUUCUACUCUCAGACUGAAAUGAACAACCAAGGAGUGGAAUGCCUACGCCUGCUGAAUGAGAUCAUUGCCGACUUCGAUGAGCUGCUUGGUGAAGACCGGUUUCAAGACAUUGAAAAGAUUAAGACCAUUGGCAGCACCUACAUGGCCGUGUCAGGCCUGUCACCUGAAAAACAGCAAUGUGAAGAUAAGUGGGAACAUCUGUGUGCCCUGGCCGACUUCUCUCUCGCCCUGACCGAAAGCAUACAGGAGAUCAACAAGCAUUCUUUCAACAAUUUUGAGCUCCGGAUUGGCAUCAGUCACGGCUCAGUGGUAGCUGGUGUUAUCGGCGCUAAGAAACCACAGUAUGACAUUUGGGGCAAAACCGUGAACCUGGCAAGUCGAAUGGACAGCACGGGAGUCAGCGGCAGAAUCCAGGUCCCAGAGGAGACCUAUCUCAUCCUGAAGGACCAGGGCUUUGCCUUUGACUACCGAGGGGAGAUCUAUGUGAAGGGCAUCAGUGAACAGGAAGGAAAAAUCAAAACGUACUUUCUCCUGGGAAGAGUCCAACCCAACCCAUUCAUCCUGCCGCCGAGAAGACUGCCCGGGCAGUACUCCUUGGCCGCGGUCGUCCUGGGCCUCGUCCAGUCCCUCAACAGGCAAAGGCAGAAGCAGCUGCUGAAUGAGAACAACAACACGGGCAUCAUCAAGGGCCAUUACAACCGGCGGACUUUGCUGACACCCAGUGGGCCUGAGCCGGGAGCCCCAGCCGAAGGCACCGACAAGUCCGAGUUGCCAUAAACGUGUUUUCUUUGUGUUUCUUUUUUUGUAUUUCUUUUAUAUAUAAAAUAAAUAUACUAAUAAAAAG